AUGAACAGAAACUUCUACACAUCUUCAAUUAUUCUAUCUCAAGCACCAUUCACCCGGAUAGAGUUGUCUCGAAUACGUUCUCUCCUGCUUCCCGCACCGACAGAAGGGUUCGUUCUACCACCUCAUACAGCUCGCAACCCUCAUGGAGAACCAAUAGAAGCGGCGGUGUUGAUACCGCUCAUGAACGUCGAUAACCGGCCUCAUAUUCUUUUUGAAGUCAGGUCGAGUGGUAUGAGGUCUCAUGCUGGUGAAGUGAGCUUUCCAGGUGGGAAAUCCGAUCCUACCGACUCAUCAUUAAUCUCCACAGCUCUUCGUGAAGCUGAAGAAGAAUUAUCAUUAUCUCCUUCCAAUGUUGAGAUUUUGGGUUCCAUGGGACCAGAAUAUAGUUUAGGAAAUAAAACUCUAUCUCAAAUCCUUUGUAUACCCUUAUCCACAAUAUCGGACCCAAACAGACAUACAAUACAUCAUUUCCGUUUGAAUGUCCAUCGUCCAUAUUACAAGAUUCAAAUAGGAGAUCUGACUCCUCAGAAUGACGAUUUGGAAAUUUGGGGAUUGAGCGGAUGGUUUUUGAAUAAUCUCGCUUGGCGAUUGAGAUGGUGGGAUAGACCUUUGGAUUGA